CCCUCAGAUACCUGAUCAAAUCAGAGAACUUCAACUUGUUAAACUCAUACCAGACUCAAGAUGCCUGAAAAUAUUUAUUUCAACACUUUUACACAGAAGUCAGGGUCAGCAGAUACAGAUGAGAAUAUAAUAUGUGCCAGAGAUAAGAGACGUGCUAUCUACGUUAUCUUGGUUCUCCUCUCCAUGUCUCUGCUGGCUAGUGCUGUGUUAGCAUACCUGUAUUACACCAAUGACACAAAUCAAUUGAGGGCAUGUCGACCAAUAACAAACUACUCAAAUACAGAUUUGGUAGAAAGGUGGAUCCUUAACAAGGACAGAUUUUAUGUUUUCUCCAAUAAUACAAAGGACUGGAACACCAGCAGAAAACACUGUCAGGCCAUAGGUGGAGACCUGGUCAUCAUUAACAGCAAAGAGGAGCAGGAAUUUCUUGCUCAGCAAAUCAUUACUAUAAAUGCACUGAUGCUACAUUGGAUUGGCCUGACUGACAGCCAGAAUGAAGGGGUGUGUCUAUGGAUGGACAACACCCCCCUAAACAAUAACCUCUCAUGGUGGAUCUUCCCUCCUGAUGAUUUUGAUAAAAAUAAUCCCUUGGGUGAAGACUGUGCUGUAUUAAAUGGAUAUUUAAGAGGAGAAAAAUGGGGAGACAUCUCUCGCUUGAAUCAGGAUAGAAGUGUUUGUGAGAUUCUGUGUUUUUGAUGUUUUGUUCUUUAUUUGUUUCUUUGUUUGUUUUUGUUUAUUUGUCAUCAUUACAACAAGACUGCCAUGAUCCAAUCUGCUUCUUUUGCCACAUCCAGAUAUGCAUAUUUUCCUACUCCAUAAUAUUCCAAAUGCAGUAUGUCAAAUGAGUAGGAUAUCUCAGUAUUCAUGAAAAGAAGGUGAACUACACCUGGAUGACCUACUACUGCAUCUGCUGAGAUUGAAGUGUGCAACCAAUGCACACUUUUGUAUUUGAAAAGGCCACAGGGGCUGUACCUCAUGGUUAAAUUGUACUUGUAUAACAACACCAUUGUAAAUUUUGACUAUGCCACUGUAAAAAUGAAAAGAUGCUCGAUGCACUGUACAUCAAAUAGUCUGUGGUUGCUGUAACAGCCUUUACCAUUCUGAUUUUUAGCUUUCACAGCAACUUCUGUGAACUGUUAACAGAGAAGGGCCACAGUUUACUUCACUCAAAAUCAGUUUUUCCCUUCAGCAGAGAGGCACACAUUUUGGUUGAGAUUUAUAUCAAUAUAAAGAUAGUUUACUAAUAGCCUAUAA